AUGUGGAUGACGUCCCUGGAAGGUCAGCUGUUUCAGUGGAAUCAGCAAUUAUACAAGAUGGGAAAUAAACAUUCCAAGGGUGGGAACUGGGAGAACGUGCUCUACUUUAUUCCGGAGAGUGACAAAACCAGUGACAUUACCCACAACAUUGCCCACGAAGGUUUGGAAUCAUGGGCUCUGGAACUCAUCGAUGGAAGCGAAGAGAUCGAGAACGUUUGGGUUUACACACAGCCUCCUCACGAAGCCCAGUUGACUGCAGGUCUCCUCUAUCAUGCAUUCGUAGUGCUUCAGACCAAUGAGUGGUGGUGGUCCGUCGAGAAGGACACGGGAGGAAUAUUCCUCCAACGCAGCAAGAAAAAGGAGUUCGUGAAAGAGUAUUUCCGAAUGGAGAAUCGGGAGGUGCCACUUUCUCUGGAAGCAGGCGACAGAGGGCGGAUGAAGAUGGAGGAUCUCAUUCAUUGGUUGUACAAACAAAGGGAAGUGCGUAAAGGGUACAGGAUAGACGAUCGAGAUAUGAACUGUCAAGGGUUUGCGAAAAGGGUAUUUGAUGAAUUUGCCAAAAGUAAAUUCUGGGAACUCAUCAUCCCUUAGUAAGGGAGUGGACGUACGACUCUGGUGAACUCCGAACAAGAGGAUGCUCAGCAGAUUUUCGAUAUUUUUAUGUCUUGCUCUUGGUAACAUUGUUUUGCAGUUUCCCCGUCUUGUAAUGAGGAAGAG